CAGUGAGCUAGCUUCUGAGUUUUCCCUUCUUUUUAUACUGUUUUCUGCACUGGCUUUUUUUUUUUUUUUUAAUCUUCUUAAUUUUUCAUCUCUUUAACAAACUCCUAUGAAGUUGAAACCAAGAAGUUUGCUCUAACAUUUCAAAAGAAGGUAUUAAGUCAUGAUGCAGGAAUCUGCGACAGAGACAAUAAGCAACAGUUCAAUGAAUCAAAAUGGAAUGAGCACUCUAAGCAGCCAAUUAGAUGCUGGCAGCAGAGAUGGAAGAUCAAGUGGUGACACCAGCUCUGAAGUAAGCACAGUAGAACUGCUGCAUCUGCAACAACAGCAGGCUCUCCAGGCAGCCAGACAACUUCUCUUACAGCAGCAAACAAGUGGAUUGAAAUCUCCCAAGAGCAGUGAUAAACAGAGACCACUGCAGGAAUUGCUUCCAGAAACAAAACUAUGUGCCUCUGGCCUCUCUUGUGGUGAUGGGCAUCCUGACAACACAUUCAAGGUGCCUGUGUCGGUGGCCAUGAUGACUCCCCAGGUGAUCACCCCUCAGCAAAUGCAGCAGAUUCUUCAGCAGCAAGUCCUGUCUCCUCAGCAGCUGCAAGCCCUCCUCCAGCAGCAGCAGGCAGUGAUGCUGCAGCAGCAACAACUGCAAGAGUUUUACAAGAAACAGCAAGAGCAGUUACAUCUUCAGCUUUUGCAGCAGCAGCAACAGCAACAACAACAACAACAACAACAACAGCAGCAACAGCAACAACAACAACAACAACAACAACAACAGCAGCAGCAGCAACAACAACAACAACAACAACAACAGCAUCCUGGGAAGCAAGUGAAAGAGCAGCAACAACAGCAGCAGCAGCAGUUGGCAGCUCAACAGCUUGUCUUCCAGCAGCAGCUUCUCCAAAUGCAACAAAUCCAGCAGCAGCAGCAUCUGCUCAGCCUUCAGCGACAGGGACUCAUCUCCAUUCCACCUGGCCAGGCGGCACUUCCUGUCCAGUCUCUGCCUCAAGCUGGCUUAAGUCCUGCUGAGAUCCAACAGUUAUGGAAAGAAGUGACCGGAGUUCAUAGCAUGGAAGACAAUGGCAUUAAACAUGGAGGGCUAGACCUCACUACGAACAAUUCCUCCUCGACUACCUCCUCCACCACUUCCAAAGCAUCACCACCAAUAUCUCAUCAUUCCAUAGUGAAUGGACAGUCUUCAGUUCUAAAUGCAAGGCGAGACAGCUCAUCGCAUGAGGAGACUGGGGCCUCUCACACUCUCUAUGGCCAUGGAGUUUGCAAAUGGCCAGGCUGUGAAAGCAUUUGUGAAGAUUUUGGACAGUUUUUAAAGCACCUUAACAAUGAACAUGCAUUGGACGACAGAAGCACUGCCCAGUGUCGAGUGCAAAUGCAGGUGGUACAACAGUUAGAAAUACAGCUUUCUAAAGAACGCGAGCGUCUUCAAGCAAUGAUGACCCACUUGCACAUGCGACCCUCAGAGCCCAAACCAUCUCCCAAACCUCUAAAUCUGGUGUCUAGUGUCACCAUGUCGAAGAACAUGUUGGAGACAUCCCCACAGAGUUUACCUCAAACCCCUACCACACCAACGGCCCCAGUCACCCCGAUUACCCAGGGACCCUCAGUAAUCACCCCAGCCAGUGUGCCCAAUGUGGGAGCCAUACGAAGGCGACAUUCAGACAAAUACAACAUUCCCAUGUCAUCAGAAAUUGCCCCAAACUACGAAUUUUAUAAAAAUGCAGAUGUCAGACCUCCAUUUACUUAUGCAACUCUCAUAAGGCAGGCUAUCAUGGAAUCAUCUGACAGGCAGUUAACACUUAAUGAAAUUUACAGCUGGUUUACACGGACAUUUGCUUACUUCAGGCGUAAUGCCGCAACUUGGAAGAAUGCAGUACGUCAUAAUCUUAGCCUGCACAAGUGUUUUGUUCGGGUAGAAAAUGUUAAAGGAGCAGUAUGGACUGUGGAUGAAGUAGAAUACCAGAAGCGAAGGUCACAAAAGAUAACAGGAAGCCCCACCUUAGUAAAAAAUAUCCCUACAAGUUUAGGCUAUGGAGCAGCUCUGAAUGCCAGUUUGCAGGCUGCCUUGGCAGAGAGCAGUUUACCUUUGCUAAGUAACCCAGGACUGAUCAAUAAUGCCUCCAGUGGCCUACUGCAGGCCGUCCAUGAAGACCUCAAUGGUUCUCUGGAUCACAUCGACAGCAAUGGGAACAGCAGUCCGGGCUGUUCGCCUCAGCCGCACAUACACUCAAUCCACGUCAAGGAAGAGCCAGUGAUUGCGGAGGAUGAAGACUGCCCGAUGUCGUUAGUGACCACAGCUAAUCACAGUCCAGAAUUAGAAGAAGACAGAGAGAUUGAAGAAGAGCCUUUAUCUGAAGAUCUGGAAUGA